AUGAAGGACAACGCCACAACAGUGAAAAGAAAGGUCAUUCUCAUGGAGCAUAGGAGACUUGCUGUGCAAGCACAAGGGUAUGAGCUAGGAAAGGAACAGACAGACAGCGCACGUACGAGGGAAGGAGCAAGAAGUAAGGCUGUUGUGAAGAUGAGGAUGACCGUUGUCUUGUCGAUUGCUGCGAUCUCGUUGGGUCGUCUGACUUGUGUAGCUGCCAGCACAGGAGGUGAGUCUCGGCUGUGCGCGAGUGCUGCUGAUGGAGGAGACCAGGUGCCGGGAUCCCCGCUGAGCGAGUCUAGCUCGAGCCUCGAGUUCUCCGUGGAACGGGACGACUGGCAGAGGGCGGAGGGCGAGGACGCCAACGUGACCUCCUCCUCGUCUGUGAGGGCGUGGAAGGACUCGCUGGUCAAGAUUCUGUCUCUGAAUCAGAAUUGGUUCGACAAGGGGGAGGAGCAGCACACAGAGAUGAAGGACCUCCCAGCCGAGAGCGCCACUAGGAACCGCCGACAUGACUCCAGCUGGGGCGCGACGGCUGCGCGCUAUAGCGGCGGCCUGAGCAAGGCGGUGGACGGGACGAUGAAAGAUCUUGAGGGAGGCAUGCUCUACCUCCAAGACGACGGGCCCAGCUACAUGCGGGUCUCCUCCUCCCGGAUGACCUCGGCUGACCGCUGGAAGUCAGCGGCAUCCCAGCUCAUCUACUCUCCCAUCGCCAAGUUCUACUACGGCCUCAUGAUCCUGGUGACGGUGGUGGAGCUUGUAGUGACUCUGGCGGACCCGCACCGGUCGCCGCACACGACCUGGUUCAUCGGGCUCGAGCUCUUCAUGGUGGCGAUGCUGGUCAACGAGGUGAUGAUCCGGUACAUCGCCGAGGGCAGCCCGACAAGCUUCUUCCGCUCCAAGUCCAACAUCUUCGACAUGGCGGUGGCUCUCCUUUGCCUCUUCACCGUCACCUUCCUCAUCCUCAUGCCCUCCACGAUGAACGGGGUGCAAGAGUGGGUCCCCCUUGUCGCGCUGAGGAUCCGAGACUUCCUCCGCAUCCUCCGCUUGAUCUUCCUCUUCAAGAACCAUCGCAAGGCCCAGCUCGCGGGCCAGUCGAUCAUGCACUUGCGCAUCGACGAGACGGAUGCAGACCAUCUCAUGGGCUCCAGCAACUGCAUCUUCGACUCGCCGUCGCACGACCCCCUCGACAAGCAAGCCGUGGACAUGAGCGCGGCCUUCGGGAAGCACAUUGCAAGCCCUCCUCUCAGUCCUGUUCCUCCGCAGACGCUGUGA